AUGGAUGAUGGGAUGGAUAUUCUUCAAACACUGGUUAUUCAUAACGGAACUCGAAUGACCAAGGCUGGCUUUGCUGGGGAUGAUUCUCCAAGGGCAGUUAUCAGAAGUAUAGUUGGUUGUCCUCAUCAUUCCAAAAUGGAACUAAAGCAUACCUAUGUUGGUGAUGAAGCUCUGGUAUUAAGGGGUCUUUUGGUUCUGAAAUAUCCCAUUGAACAGGGCAUUGUAAGAAACUGGAAUGAUAUGGAGAAUCUCUGGCAUCACACAUUUUACAAUGAACUUGGUGUCGCUCUUGAGGAGCAUCCCAUUCUUCUGACUGAGGCACCAUCUAACCCCAAGGCAAACCGAGAGAAAACGACUCAAAUCAUGUUUGAGACAUUCAAUGUUCCAGCUAUGUAUGUUGCAAGCCAAGCCGUUCUUUGUCAGUUACCUAAUGGUCGUACAACUGGUAUUGUGCUUGAUUCUGGUUAUUCUGUGACCCACACUGUCCCUGUCUAUGAAGGACACGUACUUCCUCAUGCUAUCUCACGGUUAGAUCUUGGUGGUCAUGAUCUUACAUGGUAUCUCUUCAAUAUAGAUAUACUUCGUGAUAUGAAAGAGACGAUUGCUUAUGUUUCACUGGAUUAUGAACAGGAGAUUGAAAAGGCAAAAAAAUUCUCAAAAUCAAUUGAGAAAGGCUAUAAGCUUUCUGGUGGAGAAGUCGUUAAUAUUGGUGCUGAGACAUUCCGCUGCCCUGAAGUCCUCUUUCAACCAUCAUUGGUUGGAAUGGAAGCGACAAGAAUUCAUGACAAAGCCUACAACUCAAUCAUGAGAUGCGAUAUUGAUAUUAAAAAAGAUUUAUUUGCAAACAUUGUGCUUAGUGGUGGCUCAACUAUGUUCCCUGGCAUAGAAGAACGUAUGAGCAAGGAAAUUACUGCACUUGCUCCGAGCCACAUGAAAAUCAAGGUGAUUGCACCACCUGAGAGGAAGUAUAGCACCUGA